AUGGAGCUGAAGGACUUCUGUCUGAUGGAGGACUAUCACUUCAUCAGUCCACAGCGCCCGGCCUCCUCUUCCUCCUCCUCCUCCUCCUCCUCCUCCUCCUCCUCCUCCUACUCCCCCCUCUGUGGAGCGCCGGAGCCUGACUCCCCGACAGGAUCUAGUUCCAGCGGAGGAAGCGUCAGAGGCAGCACUGCGGUGUCGGAGGCCUCCAGGUGUUUUCCCACAGAUUCAUUUUCAGCACAGGUGGACUCCAUCCUGAGGGGUGACUUCCUGACACCCAUGGGUGCUGUGGGGCCCAAGAGGUUCUGCCUGGUGUGCGGUGACUUCGCCUCCGGGUAUCACUACGGCGUGGCGUCCUGCGAGGCCUGCAAGGCUUUCUUCAAGAGGACCAUACAAGGCAACAUCGAGUACAGCUGUCCGCUGAUGAACGAGUGUGAGAUCACCAAGCGGAGGAGGAAAGCCUGUCAGGCCUGCCGCUUCCAGAAAUGUCUCCAGUCCGGGAUGAUGAGGGAGGGAGUUCGUAUGGACCGAGUGCGAGGAGGUCGGCAGAAGUACAAGCGGCGGGUGGAGACAGGACUGAGUGUGUACAGUAAAGCUCCGUACAGUCACCCAGUCAGCCGUGAGUUCACUCCAACGCUCCCACAUGGACUUCACCUCCUCGUCCUUUAUUACGUUUUUAUUUCUUCACCUGUCUUUUUAGGAAACAAGGUGGUUUCUCAUUUGCUGCUGACAGAGCCCGCCCCCCUGGCUGCCAAUCAGGACGAUUCGACCAAUGACGGCAGCCUGCAGAACCUGCUGACCCUGUGUGACCUCCUGAACCGGGAGCUGCUGGUUCUGAUUGGCUGGGCCAAACAGAUCCCAGGAUUCUCUGGACUCUCAUUGGUCGACCAGAUGUCGCUGCUGCAGAGCGGCUGGAUGGAGGCGCUGCUGGUGGGCGUGGCAUGGCGGUCGCAGGGCGCAGUGGGGGAGGAGCUUGUUUUUGCCGGGAAUCUGCGAUUGGACGAGGCUCAGUGUCGAGCCUCGGGAUUGGCCGACCUGUACGAGGCGCUGCGUCAGCUGACGUCAAAAUACCGAGCGAUGAACUUGAGCCCCGAGGAGGUCGUGACCCUGAAGGCCAUGGCGCUCGCUAACUCUGAUGCGGACCCGGUGGACUGUCCGGACUCGGUGCAGCGGUUCCAGGACGGGCUCCACGAGGCCCUGCAGGACUACGAGUCGUCCCGCCGGGAGCAGCACCGGGCGGGUCGGCUGCUGAUGAGCCUCCCGCUGCUGAGACAGACGGCCGACCGAGCCGUGCAGACUCUCCUGAGGCUGCACCGCCACCGCUGUGUCCCUCUACACAAGCUGCUGCUGGAGAUGCUGGACGCCAAGGCCUGA